AUUCAUGUUUACGGUCAAGCGGUUUCUGCCAGGCAAUCUCAGGCCGUGCUGUUGCUGUUCUUCUCACGAGUGUCGCUCCUCCAUCCUGGAAUUUGGAAUUGAGUGAGUUUUCUGACACAUUUGAGCACAGGACCCAGGGGUACUUGGAGAGAAAACUGGUACUGGAGGAGCUGGACAGACCGUAGAAAUGAGUACUGCAGAUGCCCUUGAUGAUGAAAAUACGUUUAAAAUCUUAGUUGCAACAGAUAUUCAUCUGGGAUUUAUGGAGAAAGAUGCAGUCAGAGGAAAUGAUACAUUUGUAACACUUGAUGAAAUUUUAAGACUUGCCCAGGAACAUGAAGUGGAUUUUAUUUUGUUAGGUGGUGAUCUUUUUCAUGAAAAUAAACCUUCAAGAAAAACAUUACAUAGCUGCCUCGAGUUAUUCAGAAAAUAUUGCAUGGGUGAUCGUCCUGUACAGUUUGAAAUUAUCAGCGAUCAGUCAGUCAACUUUGGAUUUAGUAAGUUUCCGUGGGUGAACUUCCAGGAUGGCAAUCUCAACAUUUCGGUUCCAGUGUUUAGUAUUCAUGGCAAUCAUGAUGAUCCCACGGGGGCAGACGCACUCUGUGCCCUGGAUAUUUUAAAUUGUGCUGGAUUCGUAAAUCACUUUGGACGUUCAAUGUCUGUGGAGAAGAUAGACAUUAGUCCAGUUUUGCUUCAAAAAGGAACCACAAAAAUUGCUCUAUAUGGCUUAGGAUCCAUUCCAGAUGAAAGGCUCUACAGGAUGUUCGUCAAUAAAAAAGUAAUAAUGUUCAGACCAAAAGAAGAUGAGAACUCUUGGUUUAACUUAUUUGUGAUUCAUCAGAACAGGAGUAAACACGGACGUACUAACUUCAUUCCAGAACAGUUUUUGGAUGACUUCAUUGAUCUUGUUAUCUGGGGCCAUGAACAUGAGUGUAAAAUAGCUCCAACCAGAAAUGAACAACAACUCUUUUAUAUAUCACAGCCUGGAAGUUCAGUGGUUACUUCUCUUUCCCCAGGAGAAGCUGCAAAGAAACACGUUGGUUUGCUGCGUGUUAAAGGAAGGAAGAUGAAUAUGCAGAAAAUUCCUCUUCGCACAGUGCGGCAGUUUUUUAUGGAGGAUAUUGUCCUGGCUGAUCAUCCAGACAUUUUUAACCCAGAUAAUCCUAAAGUAACCCAAGCCAUACAAAGCUUCUGUUUGGAGAAGAUUAAUGAAAUGCUUGACAAUGCUGAACGGGAGCGUCUGGGAAAUCCUGGACAGCCAGAGAAGCCUCUUAUACGACUGCGAGUGGACUACAGCGGAGGUUUUGAACCUUUCAGUGUUCUUCGCUUUAGCCAGAAAUUUGUGGAUCGGGUAGCUAAUCCAAAAGAUGUUAUCCAUUUUUUCAGGCAUAGAGAACAAAAGGAAAAAACAGGAGAAGAGAUCAAUUUUGGGAAGCUCAUCACAAGACCUUCAGAAGGAACAACUCUAAGGGUAGAAGACCUUGUAAAACAGUAUUUCCAAACCGCAGAGAAGAAGGUGCAGCUCUCACUUCUGACAGAAAGGGGAAUGGGUGAAGCAGUACAAGAAUUUGUGGACAAGGAAGAGAAAGAUGCCAUAGAGGAAUUAGUGAAAUACCAGUUGGAAAAAACACAACGCUUUCUUAAAGAACGUCAUAUUGAUGCUGUAGAAGAUAAAAUUGAUGAAGAGGUACGUCGUUUCAGAGAAAGCAGACAAAAAAAUACUAAUGAAGAAGAUGAUGAAGUUCGAGAGGCCAUGACUAGGGCCAGAGCCCUCAGAUCUCAGGGAGAGGACCUUGCUUCUGCCUUUAGUUCUGAUGACCUUAUGAGUAUAGAUUUGGCAGAACAGAUGGCUGUUGACUCCGAUGAUAGCAUCGCAGCAGCAGCCAACAAAGGAAGAGGCCGAGGAAGAGGCCAAAGAGGAGGAAGAGGGCAGAAUUCAGCAUCGAGAAGAGGGUCUCAGAGAGGAAGAGGUACCAGUCUAGAGACUUCUACUGGAAACAGAAGUUCAAAGGCCUCUAUGUCAACAUCUAGAAACAUGUCUAUUAUAGAUGCAUUUAAGUCUACAAGACAGCAGCCCUCCCAAAAUGUUGCUACUAAGAAUUAUUCAGAGGUGACUGAGGUGGAUGAGUCAGAUGUGGAAGAAGACGUUUUUCCUACCACUUCAAAAACAGAUCCAAGAUGGAAACAAGUCAACACUUGGCCAGUUCCUGCCUAGGUCAAGUACAGAGACGAGGACUCCCCAGACGGAUCAGUUGAUAAACUCUUUGAUCCUCUACCUCUAAACUUGUUGCCUUUCAAGUUUGCUCGAUAAAUCCUCCUGUCCUUUACUUUUGUGGAUAAGAAUCUGUGGAUUUUUCUGUUUCCUUCUGACACAAGACCUCUUGAUGCUCAAUUUGUUUGUUCAGACAAGACCUUCAGAUAUAUUUCUCUUGCUAUAAUAGCAUCCCAAAUCAUGGUAAUAAAUUGUUGGCUAAAAAUUCACAAACACUGCUUUCAUUCACAGCAUGAGUCAGCAAACUUCUUAAAGGGCCAGAUAGUAAAUAUUUUGGGCUUUGCAGACCAAGAGGCAAAACUGAGGAUAUUAUGUAGGUACUUAUAUAACCAUUUAAAUGUACCCAUUUCAAAAUGUGAAAACCAUUCUUAGCUGAUAGGCCGUUAGAAACAGGCAGGCUGAAUAUGGCCCACUGGCCCUGGUUUGCUGGCCCUGAUCUAAGAUGACUUAAAAUUCUUAUUCAUAAAAAGACAUAGGAAUAUGAGUUCCAUUACCACAAGUUAAGCUUCAUGAGGGUAGGAAUCAUGCUUUUCUUGUUCACUGAUGUUUCCCAGGGCCUAUCAUAGUACCUGGCAAAGAGCAGGCAUUCAGUAAAUAUUUGCUAUUUGAUUUGGAUUGAACACAGAUAACACAAAUGAUGAGGCAACCCUAGAAAGCAGUGAGCCUUUCCUAAGAUCCUUUUGUCCUAUUGCGGAAACAUAACUGAGAUUUGAAUAAAAAAUAUUUCGGUGUUGCCACAAUUUUCAAGAGUGGGGGAUGGUAGUAGAUACAUGUUAAUAUAUACUAAGAGCUAUAAUAAUAAUGUAAGUAAUCAUCGGUGUAGUGCUUAAUAUGUCAGCCAUUGAUCUAAGUGUUUAAAUAUAUUAACACAACAAAUCUUUAAAAAAUUAUUAUCCUCGUUUUACAGAUGAAGAAAUUGAGGCACAGAGAGGUUAGGUAACUUGCCUAAAGCCACAUAGCUAGUAAAUGACAAAACUGGAAUUCAAACGCUGGCCCCAGAGCCCUUUUCCUCAUCAGGUUUUUACUGCUGCUAAUGUAGAUUGAAGGGAAUGUAUUAGUGAUUUUUAUUCAUGGCCACUACUAGAAUGAACAACUUAGCUGGAAAGGCACUUUUGAUGAAUUCUUUCAUUCAUUU